AUGUCUGUAGUAGAAGGCUCGUCUAAUGGUGAAGACACUCACGUCCCAGACGAUAGCGUGGAAGAAAUGGAGAAUUCUCACUGCUCCACACAGACAGAUGAAUAUGGUGACGGCUUCAUUGAGCCAUAUCUCACUGCUUAUCACCUGGGGAAUCUGGAUGCAGAACAUCCCGGGGAGAUCUCGUCGUCUCAACAGGAGCCAAGGUGUCAUGGUGCUUCGUUCUUAAAAGAAACGUCAAAAAGAAGGUUCUGCAGCAUCCAUGAAGACACUUUACAAAAUGAAGAGUCAACUCAAACCAAGGAGGAUCAUGAUACUAGUAUUUCGCAAGACCCAACAGACCACUACUAUACAUACAUUGGUGACCACGACUAUACCUACAUCGACAACACAUCGAUAGCGGGUAGACAACAUGUAAAAGAAGAGAGAGUCAAGGCUACAAAAUCCUUUGAUGUCGAGGGGCAUCCACGCAAAGUCACUGUGUCUACAAGUGGGAAGAUUGCCGUUAUGUUUAGAGGCCGUAGAGUCAGCGUCUAUGACACAGAGGGUAUCAUUACCGUGAAUUUCUUAACAGAUAUAAUAAAAAUUGAAGAACGACAUGAAAAGACGAUUCCCAUUUUCCCCCACGAUGUUUCUUUUGGUACCCUCGCCAACAACGACGUUUGGAUUGUGGGUGGGAAUCAGCUGUCCCACUAUGUCGCGCAGUAUGAUUGCGGUGGACGUUUUAAAACCGGUUUUGCAAUUCCUCCCAUCUCGGAACCUCGUAUACUUGCCCUAAACAGAUUGUCCAAUCGCGCCAUUGUGACAGAGACGGAUAAACAUCACGGGAUGGUAAAGGUUUUCAUGUUGAACGGGAUGCUCGAGCGAGGUUUUGGGUGGCGGCAGGGUUUGAUGUACCCAACAGGCAUCACAGUGGACAGCGACGACUCUAUCAUAGUGGCGGACUCCUCCACUGCCUACAUCUAUGUGUAUCGCGACAAUGGACAGUUCCUGUUCAAGUUUGCAGGAAAGGGAACCAAGAACGGCCAGUUGAGCCUCCCCCUUGACAUCUGUACGGACAGUUCUCGUCACAUCAUCGUGGCUGACUCGGGAAACAGGCGGAUUGAGCUGUUCACAAGCCGCGGGGAAUUUAUCCGGCACAUCGCUACUGAUGUCGAGCUUCUGAGCAUUGCCGUUGGUCCAGACGGACAGUUAGUCCUGACUGAAGCGUCGAAAAAGAAAACGGUCAGGCACCGCGGGGCGGUAAAAGUCUUCGGGUUAAACGGAAUACUCGAGCGAAGUUUUGGGCGGCGGCAGGGUUUGAUGCACCCAACAGGCAUCACAGUGGACAGCGAUGACUCUAUCCUAGUGGUGGACUCCUCCACUGCCUACAUCUACGUGUAUCGCGACAAUGGACAGUUCCUGUUCAAGUUUGCAGGAAAGGGAACCAACAACGGUCAGUUGAGCCUCCCCCUUGACAUCUGUACGGACAGUUCUCGUCACAUCAUCGUGGCUGACUCCGGAAACAGACGGAUUGAGCUGUUCACAAGCCGCGGGGAAUUUAUCCGGCACAUCGCUGCUGAUAUUGACCCUCUGAGCAUUGCCCUUGGUCCAGACGGACAGUUAUUCCUGGCUGAAGUGUCGAAAAAGAAAGUGACCAUUCUGACAAACUAUUGA